AUGAAAUUAAACAAAUUGAUAUUAUUAUUCUCAACAAUACUUAUUAUUUUACUAGCAUUAUGGAUAACACCAGUAUUAACAGAUCAAUUUUCAUCACCACAAGAAGCAGCUGAUUGGACAAAAGACAAGGUCAAUGCCUUUUUACACAAGUACAACAUUGGGUAUGACAAGCAGGAUGAUGAAUCCAAAUUGACGAAAAAAGUGCAAGAAUAUGAAAAGUUGGCAAGAAACAAUGCUCAUUACUUUGGUACCAAGGUGGAUCACUUUAUCAAUGGUAUAAAGAUUAAUUUGGAACAACAACAUGAAAUGACUCAACAUGAUAUUGAUGGUGUAUUGGCUGAUGUCCAACAUCGCUUACGUCAAUUGGAAUUACAAGGUCAACUGUCUCGUGACAAGGUGGAUCAAGCGAUAGAUAAAGUACAUCAUCGUUUAGCAAAUAAAAAAUCUAUCUCUGAAAGCUUUUGGAAAACAAUGAAGAAUGAUGUAUCUACUCAAUUUGCUGAAUCUUAUUAUCGUCCUACUACUUGGUAUCAACGUAUCUUUUCAUCAUCACCAUCAUCCUCUAUGAAAUCUGCUGCCGAUGAUGCCAAAGCCUCUAUUGAUCAGUGGUUAGAUCAUGUGCAAGAUAGUUUACGUGAUCUCAAAGUAUUGUCAGAGAAUCAAGUAGAAGCGGUCAUGGAUCAAAUUCGGCAAGCCAUCACGGAUGCUAACAUCAACAAAAUUGCAAGUAAACAUUGGUAUGAACGUCUUUAUCAUCGUUUGGAAAAGAAGGCCAAGUUAACUGAACUACAAGCUGAACAGAUCAAGGAUACAUUGGAACGAGAAAUCAAUGCUUAUAAGGUGUUUGCUUCUGACUAUGUCGGUUCCAAAGUUGGACAAUCAAAAGCAUGGGCUGAUGAUAUCUAUCAACAAUGUUGUGACAUGGCUUCAUCUACUAAAUCAUCCAUGGAAGACUGGUUCUAUUACAUCUUGGCUCGAUUCCAUGAUUCUGUCAAGACAUUACAACAUCAUCAACAACAAAUCAAGGAUAAAACAGCAGGUGAUUGGAAGGAUGCUAAAGAAUCAGCUAUUAAAAAGGAACACGACUUGAAAAGAGACUUUGACAGAUAUUGGCAAAGUAAACAUUUGGAAGCUUAUCGUCGUUUGGGUUACUCUGAAGCACAAAUUGAUCAUAUGAAAAAAUCAAUCAUCUCCAUGCUUUCCAAUCAACAAUCAGCAGCUCACAGGAAUAUAGAUCAAGCUUUGGACUCAUUGAAGCAAUAUAUGCAAAACGCCAGGGUGCAAACUUCAUCCCAGAUUCAAGCGGAAAUUGACAAAUUGAAACAACAAUUGGAUCGUUGGAAAUCAAGAUUUACUUAA